AUGCAAGAAAGGGGCGCCCGGGUCCGGCCCCCAAGCGGGCGGAAGCAGAGGGGGCGCCACGCGGCGGGAGAGGAGGCCAUGGACGCGCGCCUCGGGGCGCUGCUGCUGGCGCAGCUGCUGGUGCGAGCGGAGCUCGGGGCGCAGGAGUUGGAGGACGAGGACCAGCUGUUUGCAGGUUUCGAGAACUCGUCGUUGCUCACGUGUAACUGCCGGGCCCCUGGGGGGAGGGGCGGGCGCCCGCGGACCACGUGGGGAGGGUCCCUGGGGUCCCCCGGUACCCCUGCGGCGGGACCCCCGACGUGCACCCUUCCUUGUUGCCCGGGAGCCCCUUACCUUCGCGCGGGCAGGCGGGGUCCUGCAGCUCAGCCGCGUGUCCCGCUGUCCGUCCCAGGGCCCUGCGGCCAACGAACCGUUCCAACGCGCAUCGUGGGCGGAAAGGACUCGGAGCUGGGGCGCUGGCCGUGGCAGGGCAGCCUGCGCCUGUGGGGCUCCCACCGCUGCGGAGCGAGUCUGCUCAACCGCCGCUGGGUGCUCACAGCCGCGCACUGCUUUGAAGACCACAGUGAUCCGUUCGAGUGGUCCGUGCAGUUCGGCGAGCUGUCUUCCUCACCAUCUAUCUGGAAUCUGCAGGCCUACUACAACCGAUACAGUGUGGAGGAGAUCAUUCUGAGCCCUCUGUAUCUGGGGGCUUCGUCCUAUGACAUCGCUCUGCUGAAGCUGUCCUCCUCCGUCACCUACAAUAAGUACAUCCAGCCCAUCUGUGUUCUGACCUCCUCCUCUGAGUUCCAGAACCGGACCGACUGCUGGGUGACUGGCUGGGGGGACAUUGAAGAAGAACAGGAGCUGCCGUCCCCCUACAUCCUGCAGGAAGUGCAGGUCGGCAUCAUAAACAGUGCCAUCUGUAAUUACCUCUACGCACAGCCCGUUUUCCGCUACGACAUCUGGGGAGACAUGAUCUGUGCCGGCACUAUCCAAGGUGGCAAGGACGCCUGCUUUGGUGACUCAGGCGGACCCUUGGCCUGCGAAAAGAAAGGGCUGUGGAUUCAGGUUGGAAUCGUGAGCUGGGGGACGGGCUGCGGGAGGCCCAACCGGCCCGGAGUCUACACCAACGUCAGUAGGCACUUCAGAUGGAUGCAGAAGCUGUUAGCCCGCAGUGGCGUUCCCAGGCCAGCCCCCUGCCUGCAGCUGCUGCUCCUGGCUCUGCUCCUGCUGGCCUCCCCCCUGCAGAUGGCCUGAGCACACCAGAGCGCCUGGGAGUUGGGGUCAUCUGCUAUGCCAGGCCCCAUCCCCCACUGUCCUUCUGCUAAUAAACAUGUUCACAU